AUGGAUGUUGAAGGGUGUCGACGGAAGCUUGCGAGAAGCAUCGAAAAAUUGCCUUGGAAGCCUCGACAGCGCAUGUGGGACAAGUGCGCAGCGCACAUUGGCAGCACAAGUAGCGCCGUACAGCACAGCAACAUGCAGGCGGCAUGCAGGCAGCGCGCAGGCAGCAUGCAGACAGCGCACGUAGGCAGCACACAGGCAGAUCAUGGGCAGAUCGUGUGGGCAGUUGUCUGGCAGGUGGUGCGCAGAGUGCUGGCAGAUCGUGCUAGCAGGUGGCUGGCAGAUCGUGCUAGCAGGUGGCUGGCAGAUCGUGCUAGCAGGUGGCUGGCAGAUUGUUGCUCUGAAUUUGAAGACUUCCUUGAAAUCUUGGAGCCUAUGGGACAUCUAAAGAUUCUUUGGUUAAACGGAACAGGUUGCUCUGAAAUUGAGGACUUCCUUGAAAUAUGGGAGCCUAUGGGACAUCUAAAGGUUCUUUUGUCAAACGAAACAGCUGUUAAAGAACUACCCUCAUCAAUCAAAUGUCUUUUUGCUCUCCUAAGAAUUGGACUGAAAAAUUGCAAAAGGCUUGUGAGUCUCCCGCCAAGCAUUUGUAAGUUAAAAUCUCUUAAGGAACUUGAUCUUACUGGUUGCUCUGAAUUUGAAAACUUACCUGAAAUUUUGGACCCUAUGGGGGAGCUGGAGUUCCUGGGUUUAGAAAGAACAUCGGUUAAAGGGCUACUCUCGUCGAUUGGAAAUCUAACUGGGCUUCAAAAAUUAGAUCUUCGUUUCUGCAAGAACCUUGAGUUUGUACCUGAGAGCAUCUACAAUUUGAACCGUCUUAUUAGCCUAAGGUUUGAUUGUUGCUUGAAACUUAAGAAAUUACCUCCCUUCUCAGUCGGUUUGCACUCUUUGGAAGAACUAAACCUCAGUUACUGUAGUACCUUAGAGAUCCCUGAUCAUCUCCUUUGCUUAACCUCAUUACGAAAUUUAGAUCUAAGUGGAACAAUGAUUAAGAGCGUACCUAAUGCAUGGAAGCAUGUAAUGGCAGAUGCAGAGCCUAGAAUUAUACAAUUCGCACUUGCAGUAUCAAAGCCUGAAGAAGAAGAAAAACAAAUCGAAGUAGCAUCAGAUGUAGAACUUGAAAAAGAAAUUGAAGAUGCAUCAGAUGUAGAACUUGAAGAAGAAAUCAAAGUAGCAUCAGAUGUAGAACUUGAAGAAAAAAUUGAAAUCGCAUCAGAUAACUAUUAUUCUGGAAGACCUUCAAUUAUCAUUGUAUGUCCGGGACAUGAAAUUCCAAAUUGGUUCAGCUAUCAAAACGAGGGAUCCGCAAUAAAUAUCAAGUUUCCUCCAGAUUGGGUUGAUACAGAUUUCUUGGGUUUCGCUCUAUCUGUUGUUGUUGGCUUCGACAACUAUAAUGUUAAAGGGAGUUUGGGGUUUGGAUGUAAAUCCAAAUUCAAAGCAAAUAAUGGUAAAAUCUGUGAAUACAAUUGUCGUAUGCUUGUUCUGUAUUGUCAUGAAACGAACAAGGGAGAAAGCAAUGACUACAAUUUCAAUUCAGAUCACGUGUUUUUGUGGCACAGUUCCUUUGAACUUGUAGAGGGAGCAAAUUUCUCCCCUGGUUUUCACAAUGUCACUGAGGCCUCUUUUGACUUCAACCAAGUGGAUGGUUUUAAGAGACCGCCCAUUAAGGAUUUCCAAGUUCAGGUGAAGAGGUGUGGGCUUCGGUUGUUGUAUGCCAAAGAUACCUAG